GUGAAAGCUGCCGGGGCGGUGACUGGAGGGUUCGCCGCCAUCUCCUCCAAUGGAAAUGAGCCAGAGGCGGGUUCAGUGGCGAAAGGAGCAUGGCGUGGAGACAGCUCAAAAAGCGGGCCCAGGAUGCUGUGGUCAUCCUGGGGGGCGGAGGACUUCUCUUCACUUCCUACCUGACAGCCAUGGGGGAUGAACAUUUCUAUGCUGAACACCUGAUGCCGGCUAUGCAGAGGCUGCUGGACCCUGAGUCAGCCCACAGGCUGGCCAUUCGUGUCACCUCCUUGGGGCUCCUUCCUCGUGCCACGUUUCAAGACUCUGACAUGCUGGAAGUGAGAGUCCUGGGCCAUAAAUUCCGAAAUCCAGUUGGAAUUGCUGCAGGAUUUGAUAAGCACGGGGAAGCUGUGGAUGGACUUUACAAGAUGGGCUUUGGUUUUGUUGAGAUAGGCAGUGUCACUCCGAAACCUCAGGAAGGAAACCCCAGACCCAGGGUCUUCCGUCUCCCUGAGGACCAAGCUGUCAUUAACAGAUAUGGAUUUAACAGUCAUGGACUCUCGGUGGUGGAACACAGGUUGCGGGCCAGACGGGAGAAACAGGCCAGGCUCACAGAAGAGGGGCUGCCACUGGGAAUAAACCUGGGGAAGAAUAAGACCUCGGUGGACGCUGCUGCGGACUACGCGGAGGGGGUUCGCGUCCUGGGCCCCUUGGCGGACUACCUGGUAGUGAACGUGUCCAGUCCGAACACGGCUGGGCUGCGGAGCCUUCAGGGAAAGGCGGAGCUGCGCCACCUGCUGACCAAGGUACUGCAGGAGAGGGACGCCCUGCAGGGAGCACGCAAGCCAGCUGUGCUGGUGAAGAUCGCACCCGACCUCACAGCCCAGGACAAGGAGGAUAUUGCUAGUGUGGUGAGAGAGUUGGGCAUCGAUGGAUUGAUUAUCACCAACACCACAGUGAGCCGCCCUGCCAGCCUCCAGGGUGCCCUGCGCUCUGAAAUAGGAGGGCUGAGUGGGAAGCCUCUCCGGGAUUUAUCAACCCAAACCAUCCGGGAGAUGUAUGCACUCACCAAAGGCGGAGUCCCCAUCAUCGGGGUCGGUGGCGUCAGCAGUGGGCAGGACGCGCUGGAGAAGAUCCGGGCGGGGGCCUCCCUGGUGCAGCUGUACACGGCCCUCACCUACCGCGGACCGCCCGUGGUGGGCAGGGUCAAGCGGGAGCUGGAGGCCCUUUUGAAGGAGCAGGGUUUUACCAGAAUCACAGAUGCCAUUGGAGCAGAUCAUCAGAGCUCAAAGCAGAGUUUUAACAGCAUUCCUUCUAGAGAGAUCUGUCAUGGGACCAGAAUGGAUGGCUCAACUCUUCCCAGAACCUGGCUGGCACUGUGGCGACACUGUUCCCAAAUGCUUCGCUACACAGUUUCCUUGGUGUAUUUCCUAAUGCGUUUUGCAGCCGUGGUCCACGUGGUCUUCGCCUGCUUCCCGGAGGUGAUGCCCCAGGGCCUGGCAGGAUUGGGUCCAGUACACUCCUGGGAAGAUUUGGUGGUUCUCAUCACGUGACUGCCCAUGCAUGUGUGUCCACAGUAUUCCAUCAAUUCUGAAAUGCUGAUUAUUUUGCCAUUUUUUAACAUCUCUGAAAUUGAGAUGCAUCUUAAAUUGAUGGCAUCUUAAGCAUUCUGCCAGAGUUUAAUUGGCAGGGUUUUCUCUUGCUUAUAAUUCAUAGGAUAUUAACUUUGAUGAAAUGUGGCCUCGGUUCCUGAUGCGCGUGGUCGAGUGCAAUGGUCAAGAAAUCUUGAGAUGUUUUACGGUGCAAAAGCUGCUUUUAUUAUAGAAUGGGGACGAGGCCUGUGGGCAGAAAGAGCUGCGCUUGGCAACUGUGAGAAGCGACUGAUUAUAUAUUUUAAGUUUGUGGAGGAAGGGUGGGUAGAGAUAACGUAAGCUUCUAAGGAAUUUCUAUACGGUGAAAGGGGGGUCUACGGGACUUUGGAGGUCUGGCUUUUGUCAAGAUAAGGUUGUUUUUAGUCUGUAAUGAAACAUCAGCAUGAAGGCAGCCAUGAGUUUCUUGAACAAUGUCAUGCUCUUCAUGUCUCAGGUAUUUAUCAGUGGGUUACAAGUUGUAAGGAGAUUUAAUUUUAGCUAUACUUCUCUUGUCUUUGUUCCCUCAUCAGUUUCCCCACUUUGGCUAUCUUAAAAAAAAAUCCUGAUGACUGGUGCACACCAGCAUGCAUCUUUAUGUAAUAGAGGGGGUAUGACAGGGGCAUCAGGAUUUUUAGGAACUCCCAUGAGAUUUUAAAGUUUGAGCAACAGCAAAGUUUGAGAAAUGUUAAAAUACAGUAUUUCUGCCUUAUUCAGGCCUUUUUCCAGCUCCUAGUUUUCAUGGACAGCAUCUUUACAAAUUGUACUUAUUACAUAUGGUACACUCCUCUGUCUCAAUUAAUGAUGUCCUUCCAACUCCAUCCACUAAUCAUUGUUUAUUUUCCCAUUAGAAUGUCAGCUCCAGGAGGGCAGGAAUUUUGUUUGACUUGUUCUCUGUUAUAGCCUCAGCACCUAGAACACCUAGACAUAUUGUAGACACUUGAUAAAGAUUUGAUGAACGAAUGAAUAUUUCUUCUUUUAUAUUCAGUGCCCUGAUAAACUCAUUUUUU